UUGUUUAGGUACGACAACCUUGCGGAGCUCUUUGCCGUCAUCACUACUCUACAAAACCUACAGAAGGCUUACAUAAAAGACAGCGUAGAUGGGAAAAAAUACACGGUGGCAUGCUCUAGGCUCUUGGGACAGUACCAGGCGGCCUUCAAGCAGGUCCAGGGAGAAUUUCGCACAGUAGAGGAAUUUAUGAAAAAAUACAAGAUGGACUGUCCAGCCGCCUUCGAAUGCAUUAAGGAAGGUCAUCCACUCACCAUCAAGGAUGAUAAGGGCAAUGUUGGCAAAUGUAUUGCUGACUCUGUCCACCUCUUCAUCACAAUUCUCGACAAACUUCGUUUGGAGAUCAAAGCGACAGACGACCUUCAGCCCGAUCUGAAGGAGCUCUACGAAACUCUCAAUCGACUGAAUCUUCUGCCAUCGGAUUUCGAGGGCAAGAAAAAAGUCCGAUCUUGGUUGGACCAGUUUGAGUCGAUGCAAGCUUCCGAUGAACUCUCGCCCUCCCAGGUUCGGCAAAUGCUCUUCGACAUUGAGUCCUCGUACAACGACUUCACUCGUGUUUUGAACAGCUGA